UGAUCUGCUUUACGAGCAAAUGAAGAAAAAAGAAGAAACAGAAAGAAAGUCUUGGUUUCCUGGAUCUGAGUACAGUAUGUGACGUCAUGCUUCUUCUUUCCCCAGAAAUGUGUCAUUGUCUUCAGGCAGCGAGAGCACAGAGAACCACAAGUUAGACACGGAGGAGGGACAGCAGAAGGUCAGCCAUGGCUGUGUUUCCGAUCCGUCUUGUAAUUUGGUCCACUUCGUUGGUUUUGUGGUUCCCUCAAAGUGCAGCGACUGAAAGCCAUGGUUUGGCUCUCUGUCAGGAGUUUUUGGAUGACAAAUACGAGCCGGACAUGGUUAACAUACAAAAUUCAGCAGAGGAGAUUUCACAUGAAGAGCUUUCAGAUAUAAAGGAGACGUUUAUCUGCCUCUUCGACUCAACAAAUGAGCUUAACUGCUCCUGGUCAUUCAACACCUUAGAGAAGGAUACUCGGCUCUCUGUGUUUGUCAGUGUCUGUAAUGAGGAAACAGUAAUUGGGUCUCUAAGCCGUACUUUUGCGGAAAGAGUUGGAUCGAUGUCCUUGACUGUCAACGAGGAAAUAUCAGGCGUAGUCUUACAUUUUAACAUGUCCCUGCACAACUGGAUAUCUUACACCUAUGUGUAUGACAUGGACACACUAGAGCAUCUUCCUCCACCUGCUAACAUCUCUGCAUCAUUCAAUAAUGAUAACCUGGUUGUAAAAUGGGACCUGCCUCGCACCAGAAACACCGUUAACCCUACAUGUUUUGAAAAUGAAGUGGAAAUACGUGAUCAGGAAACAACAACAUCUUGGCUAGUCAAACACCAUACAAAUCAUACAGUGGCAAGUGUAGAUCCUUCACACAGCUAUAGCGUGAGAAUGAGGACAAGAAUAUCAGAACUUUGCUCAGGAUCAGAUCACUGGAGUGAAUGGAGUCCCACUGUCACACUGUUGAUGGAACGGUCAGAUUCUGUGCUCAAGCCUGUGGUGAUAGUCUUCAUUUGUCUCGGAGUACCCAUGGGCCUGCUGGCUUUGCUGCUGUUUGUGCGCUAUCAGAGGGUGACUAAGGUCCUUUUUCCUCCGAUUCCUCGCCCCCCAGCAAAGUACAAAUAUUUCCUGGAAAAAAGCGAUGCAUUUAAUUUUUUCUAUUCUACUCCAUCGGCUAAGCCUGAAGAAGUGAUCACUGAGGUGGAAGACACUGGGAAAAACCCUGGGAAGUAAUACAGGAUGCACAGGUUGAAGAAGAACAACAACAAUGACUUUCGUUAUAUCUAAAUGUAUAGACUGUCUAGUUUUUCUUAUGUGAUAUUUCAUUUCAGGAGGCGUAUAGAGGUGUUAAAUACAUGCAAAGGUUUAUGCGUUUAUGCGUUUCUAUGUAUAGCCUUGUAAUCUAGCCUUUCAGAUCUAUAUACCUUUUAUACCUUUUGAUACAUAUAAAGAGUGCAUACCAAUGUAACAACGGUAUAAAGGUUAACUUUGUAUGUCUUUUUUUAAUAUGUGAAAUAAGGUUGGGGGAUGAAUAUUCAUCAGCUCUUUUGAAUCUCAUUCAUACAGCCUCAUUCGUCUUAAGCCUUGUUUUUAGAUGAGUGGUCAAUUUGGAGUAGUUUAGCCUCUUAAGUGCAUCCCAAGAAAAGCAAAUAUGGCAUAUUUAGAGAACUAUUAAAAGACCCCAAAAAUGCAAAUUAAGAUAAAAAGAAGAUGAGGACUAAAGGGGAAACAAGAACAAGGGUCACCCAUGGGAGUCAAGCCAGCCUUGAUAAAAUGUGAGGAUUUUAAACAAAAUGUGAAUAAAGCCAAGUUA